AUGGCUGGCCGUGCGCUGUUGGUGUGCGCCCUCUGCGUGCUGUGCUGCGCUGCCGGCGGUGUCGGUGCGUGGGACGGCGGCUACUGCACGGAGAGUGACUGGAGGGACUUGAGGGCGGUUGCGAGGGACAUGACGGAGGAGGAGAUUGAGGGAAAGUACUGCAGCCGCAAGCCGGAGUUUGUGACGCGGAUGCGAGCGAGUGUGCAGGAGGAGGGGGAGACUGUUUCUGGUACGACGCCGGGAGGGAUGAGCUCCACUGGGGCACGUGAGGGCACACGGGGGGAAGUGCCAGUCUCACAAGAGGGGGAAUUACCGCCACGCGUUGACGGCAACAGUCAACCUGCUAGAGAGAAGGAAAAGACUGAGGAAGAUGGUACUAAAGGGAGGGAAGAGGAACAAUCACGUGAGGGAGCACCAGCGGCGUCGUUGCCACCGCUACAGUCACAUUCACAGCUACAGGACGCCGUGCAGGAGAGUACGCAGGCUAGCGGUCCACCAAAGUUGGGAGAAGACGAUGGAAAAGCCGGAGGAAGAGGUGAUGAUGGCAAAACGGAGGUCGACCAGAGGGCAAAAGCUGGAAGUUCAGCGGAGAUAACGCAACAAGCUCACUCUGCAGGUGGCGGUGCUACUGCCAGCGGUCGAGCUGGACAGCCCACUACGGGGGAUGGCAGCGACACUCAAACGUCGGUUGCUGCGGUGGGACCGGGAGCAGCAGCUGGCAACGCGGCUGAUGCACCGAAAGGCAGUGCGAAGGCGACGCAUGGCGACGGUGACGGCAGCACCGCGGCCUCGCACUGCAUCUCCCCCCUUGCGCUUCUUCUUCUUCUUGCGUGUGCGGCGGCUGCUGCAAUGCUGGCAGCGUGA